GCGCAGCCAGUGUCCUCGCAUUCACAAACAGCUGGGGGAAAACAAUAGAGGCAGCCUCAGGAUAGGAAAAAGUUCUUUUUAAAUUCAAAUGAAACAGGCAGGGUCAGGUUCCCGCUAUCCGGGCUGGUUUCGCGGAGCCAAUUGUCCUCCCGUCGGCUGUCACUCAGGCACGAGGAGGCGCGGCCUUGUGAACUGUCCAAUAAGGGGCAGAUGGGUGGGGCGACGCAACGGGAAGUCGGGGACGUCCCAACCUCGCUCUAACGGUGCUGAGGGUCGGAUGUUGCCUGGCCUUCACGGUACGUGGUGGCUGUACCGCAUCAUCUGUCGCGCAGUGAUCUGAGCUGGUCAUGGAAGUCGUAGGCUGGACUCUGGGAAACCCAGGAAACGUAGAAAUGGACUCAGUAGCCUAUGAGGAUGUGGCUGUGACCUUCACCCUGGAGGAGUGGGCUCUGCUGGAUCCUUCACAGAAGAAACUCUACAGAGAUGUGAUGCGGGAAACUUUCAGGAACCUGGCCUCAGUAGGGAAAAGAUGGGAAGAACGUGACAUUGAAGAUCACUGUAAAAACCAGGGGAGAAAACUAAGAAGUCCAAUGGUAGAGAGAUUCUGUGAAAGUAAAGAGGGUAGUCAGUGUGGACAAGACUUCAGCCUUAUUUCAAAUCUCAACCUGCAGAUAAAAACUACUGGAGUGAAACCAUGUGAAUGCAGGCCACGUGGAAAAGUCUUUGUGCAUCUUUCAUCCCUUAGUAGGCACAUCAGAUGUCACACUGUACACAAAGCAUAUGAAUUUCGAAAAUAUGGAGAGAAGCCAUAUAAAUGCAAAGAAUGUGGUAAAGCCUUCAGUUAUCUACAGUGGUUUGAAAAACAUGAAAGAAAUCACAAUGGGGAAGAAACCUAUAAAUAUAAGGAAUGUGGGAAAGCCUUCAGUUGUUCAAGUUCACUUCAAUUACAUGGAAUCACUCACACUGGAGAGAAACUCUCUGAAUGUAAACUGUGUAGUAAGGCCUACACAGAUCACUGCUCCUUAAAAAUACAUGAAAGAACACAUACUGGAGAGAAACCCUUUGAGUGUAAACAAUGUGGUAAAGCCUACAGAGAUCCUAGUUCCUUAAAAAUACAUGAAAGAAUUCAUACUGGAGAGAAACCCUAUGAAUGUAAACAAUGUGAUAAAGCCUAUAAAGAUCGCAGUUCCUUAAAAACACAUGAAAGAAUCCAUACUGGAGAGAAACCCUAUGAAUGUAAAACAUGUAGCAAAGCAUUCACUUAUCCCAGUUCUCUUCAAAAACAUAAAAGAACACAUACUGGAGAGAAGCCCUAUGAAUGUAAAAUAUGUGGUAGAGCUUUCACUUGUUCCAGUCAAGUUCAAGUACAUGGAAGAACCCACACUGGAGAGAAACCCUAUGAAUGUAAAAUAUGUGGUAAAGCCUUCAGUUCUUUUAAUUAUGUUCAAGUACAUGAAAGAACUCACACUGGAGAAAAACCCUAUGAAUGUAAAAUAUGUAGCAAAGCUUUCACUUAUCCCAGUUCUCUUCAAAAACAUAAAAUAACACAUUCUGGAGAGAAACCCUAUGAAUGUAAACAAUGUGGUAAAUUCUUCAAACAUUACAGUUCCUUACACAUACACAAUAAAAUUCACACAGGAGAGAAACCUUGUGAAUGUAAGCAAUGUGGUAAAGCCUUCAGAGAUCACAGUUAUCUUCAGAAACAUGAAAAAACACAUACUGGACAGAAGCCCUAUGAGUGUCAACAAUGUGGGAAAGCCUUCAGAGUUCGCGGUUCUCUUCAAAAACAUGAAAGAACACAUGCUAGAGCGAAACCCUAUGAAUGUAAGCAAUGUGGUAAAGCUUUCAGUUUUCGUAAGGGUUUCCAAAUACAUAAAAGAACUCACACUGCAGAGACACUCUAUGAAUGUAAAGUAUGUAGUAAAGUAUUCAGGUAUCCCAGUGACCUUCGAAUACAUGAAAGAAUUCACACUGGUGAGAAACCCUAUGAGUGUAAGCAAUGUGGUAAAGCCUACAGAGGUCACAGUUCCUUAAAAACACAUGAAAGAACUCAUACAGGAGAGAAACCCUAUGAAUGUAAGGAGUGUGGGAAAGCCUACAGACAUAGUAGUACCUUUCAGAGACACAAAAGGCUCAACACUAGAGAAAAACCUUAUGAAUGUAAAUUGGGAAAGCCUUCAAAUACCAAGUUUUCAAACGUGAAAGAAAUCACCCUGGAGAGAAAUCAUAAUGCAUGAAAAAAAUGUGAAACAUUCAGUUGUCUGGGUUCUUUUCGAGAAUAUGAAGGAAAUCACUGCAAAAAAAACUCUACGAAUAAAGUAUAAAGAAUUUGGGUGUCCCAGUGAUGUUCGAAAACACAAAAAACUCACAGUGGAAAGAAACCUCGUUAGUAUAAGGAAUGUGGGAAAAGCUUCAUUUAUCCCAGUUCCUUUCAAAACCAUGAAAGGACUCACUGGAUAAAACCCCUUAAAUGUAAACAGCAUGGGAAACACUUGAAUUGCUCCACAUUCUUACAUUUGAAAUUCCCAUGGAAGAGAAAUAGAAAUAAAUGUAAGUAACAUGAAAAAGCUUGAUGUAAAUUCAUGUAUAAUGUGCCAGAAAACUUUCAACAUGAAAGUUCUUCUUAAAGAUGUAAAUAUAUUAUUGUGUUUAUUGAACAAUUUUAGAAGUGCAUCACUAGAGUGGAUUUCUACUAAUUACUUUCAGAAAUGCAUAUUCAGGUGUGAUAAUUCCGAGAGUCAUCUUUCAACAUUAAAACAUAAGAGUACUAUGUAGUGGUUUUUCCUUAAAACGUUUAAUAAUGUUUUCUCAUCAUUUUGAAGACUGUUAGAUGCAUGGGUGAAUUAAGUAUUUCUUAUAUACAGUUCGGUUCAAUUUUUUUUAUGUUGUAUUUUUUCUGUUAGGGGUCCACUGAAAAGGAUAUGAGUACUUUGGUAUUUGGAUCUUCCUAGUGGCCUGUGGAAGUCCUUUAUAUCCCUACAAUAUACCUAUUAUAUAUAUAUAUAUAU